UUGUCUGAACUAGGUCGCCCAAGUAGCUGGGUUAGACGACCUCCUGAGAUCGCUGGCGUACACUGGCUGAGGGCUAAAUAGUUCCCCGAAACCCGGACACGUAUACAAAUAUGAACUGGAAGACGCAGUGAUAAGCAUUGCUGUGUUAUUGUAAUUAAAGGUUAAACAGAGGCGAACCAUGGCGGAAGGUCCAGUUGAUGAAACUACGGCUAAUGACGAUAUCCCGCCGUUGGAAUUGCAGACUAAAAUUAAUGAAUUUGAACAGGAACAAUAUGACGUGGAUAUUUGCUACGAAGGGUCCAGCAAACUUGAGAACAACUGGCAGGAAUGCACAAAAUAUCCUGGCCACAAAGAUUUCAUACCGUUUACCAACUUUGGCCUUGCCAACCUGCCAGAUAGGUUCAGGGAUGAGGACAUUCUCAAACUGAUAAAAAAUCUGGCCUGCCUGACCGUGAGUCUUCAAGUCGCCUACACUAGCACUGACCGGCCUAAAUACCACAAAAAUGAACCGUACCCAUUCGCUAAACACGCAGGAAAGGAUGUACUUCGUGUAGGGAGUGGACGAGUUUGGAACGUGUAUAGAAAUGACAACGAGGGUAUUCCCUGCCCUUGUAGCCUGUGUAAAGAGGACGGACUGGAGACUGUAGAAUGGGGGAGAAUCGUAGUGCUGACCGCACUGCAUGUUGUGUUUGAUAAAAGUGAAGCCGAGCGUACAAAGUGCCAGUUGGGCUACAACGAUGACAGGUGUAAUCCCAGGGUUCUGCAAGGCUGUGACGUCUUCAAGCGUGAGCUGGAUUCGGAUAUGUGCGUUAUGGAGUGCAUCACCCAUGACAUGAGGCUUCUAGAUGUGAUGAAGUUCACACUGGAUCGUUAUAAGGAGCUGUGUGACACCGUUUCAAAGAAUUACUCCACCGAUGCUGAAGAAAGGGUAGUGGUCAUCGUGUCGCAUCCGCACGGAUUGGCUAAACGUGUUUCGAUUGGUCAGCUGAUUCGGUGUGAGCAGUUGCCUAAUAGUGACACCAAGUAUACGUACACGGCCCCCACUUGUCCGGGGUCCAGUGGCGCACCUGUCUACCUUCUGGGCAAGAGAAAUGCUUCGUGGUCCACGCAUCAUCAUAGUGGUGGGGGGAUUAGUGGUAAUGUUAGUGGUGUGGGUUGGCUAGGCUAGUGGUGUUGGCUGGUUGGGUUAAUGGUGUGAUCUGGUUAGGUUAGUGGUGUGGGCUG